ACAAAGUUAGAAAAUGAAUGCAGUAAGCUAAAUUCAAAGUCCGCGAUUUGCAGUCGGAGUUCGAAGGGCUGAAAGCAGAAAGUAAAUGGGGAAAAGAGCAACUGCAGCACUUGACGGACGCCAUGUUUACUAAAGAAGGUAAUCUUCGCACACGCAGACAAGGAUAUGAGGAAAUUGAGGUUGCAUUCUUCGCCACGAUCCGAACAUCCCAGCCCCAUCUAGGCCAAGGUCAAAUCGUUAUAUUCGACCACGUGGUAACAAACAUCGACUCGUCGAAUUCUGUUGGCGGAUACAGCCCAAAUAACGAGGUCGAAGGGCUGAAAGCGGAAAAUAAAUGGGGAAAGGAGCAACUACAGCACCUGACGGACGCCAUGUUUACUAAAGAAGGUAAUCUUCGCACACGCAGACAAGGAAAUGAGGAAACUGAAGUUGCCUUCUUUGCCACGAUCCGGACAUCCCAGCCCCAUCUGGGCCAAGGUCAAACCAUCAUAUUUGACCACGUGGUAACAAACAUCGACUCGUCCAAUUCGGUUGGCGGAUACAACCCAAAUACCGGUACAUUUACUGCACCUGUUGAUGGGCUUUAUGUAUUUUCUGCGACGCUUGUCUCCGCUCAUGAUCAAUCCAACCAUGCAAACUUCUUCAAGAACAACGUACCACUUACCGUUAUGUAUUUCCACGGCAACACUAUCCACGACUGGGACAAAACAUCUCAGACACUCGUCCUUGACCUCAAACAGGCAGACACCAUCUCGGUCAGAGAAUCUGAAAACGACAAAAGCUAUUACCCUGAUGAUCACUGUUUGUUUUCUGGCUUUCUCCUCCGGCAGCACUAUUCUGGUGUAAUUGUUGGGUGAACUUUUCUGUAAUUGUAUUUCAGAUCGUCUAUUAUUAUACGCCCACGCUACACAGUAUUUCACAUCACAUGUUAUUAUA